AACCAGAAUUGGCCCGUCACUGUUCCGUGGUUGCUUGUCAAUCAGCGAAGAGCUGUUUCGAGAUAGCCGAAUGAUCCGGUUAUCAUCUGCAUCUCUAAUUUAAUGCUGCAACCGAGGCCUCACUGGAUAUCCAAACUGCUCAUUGCACUUUUUUGCUCAGCCAACGUGUUUGCAUAUUCCGAAUACAGCUCUACCACAAAAUAUUGCUAUAGCUGCAUGUCAGAAGACUUCCUACUCCAUUGGCCAUAUCUUGAUGAGGUGUACUAUCGCCCUCUCAACUUCACCGACCAUUGCUUCAAAAUGACCCCAUCAGCAAAUAUUGGAACAAUGCCUUGCAGUCAUUCGAUGUGUGUGACCGUCAUUGAGCCGAGAAUUUUAGCAGGUCAACACAUUGGAAACAAUAUAAUACGUGGUUGCUUUUCCGGUGUUUUCAAAUAUGGAUCAACGCCGAAAUCUCAAAGUCAACAAGUUUUAGAUACCUCAUGUAGUCGAAUGCCUGCACAUAAAUUAUUACCACCCCGGCUGGCAGCAAGGAGCAGCAAUCGAACAGUCGAACUGUGCUGGUGUGCUGGACAGCUGUGUAAUUAUUAUCCCAGUGUUGCAAUUAAUCAUAGUACUUCCCUCCACGUGAUAGCUGCACUUCCAAUCUUCCUGGUUCUCAUACUGUGCUCAUUUUGGAGUUGAAACGCGCGCUGAAAUCUCAUUCACAAACGUCUAACAAAAAUCCUGGAGUCUUUGAAAAAGGGUCUUUCUUUGAUAUUUUUUGUAAUUUCCUUCCUUUCCAACUUCUUAUUCCCAAGAGAAAACCGUACACUUGAGAGCUUUUCUUACCAAAUGAUUGAUCUCUAUUUUUAUCUUGUCUUAUGUUUUUUUGAAGAGUUUUUUUUUUGAAAAUAAUUUUGAUAAUAUAAAUUUAUUUGGAAUUUAA